GAGAGAGAGAUGCUGCAAUAUAUAUAACGCCACUAUAUACAGUUACUGAUUAGUGUCAGAUCUGAUUAGUUGUAAGACUAAUCAUGAAGUCAAUCUACAUUCUUCCUCUGAUCGUACUUUGCUAUUUGGUCAAUAUAGUGUCAUCGAAAUCCCUUGAAAGUAAAUCGAAUUGUCAAACAAAUUAUGCCGACAUUAUGUUUGCUUUGGAUGAGUCUGGCAGUAUUAAAGCGCCUAACUUUAAAAUAAUGAAAGAUUUUACAAAAGAUAUCAUUAAACAUUUUCCAAUUGGCUCCGAAAAUGUCCGAGUAGGUGUUCUUACGUUCAGCUACUCUGUUAAAUAUCAGUUUAACUUGAACUCAUAUUUUAAUAAGGAAGAAAUAUUCAGAAAAAUUGACAAAAUCCGUUAUGGUAAAGGAGGUACAAUGACGCAUUUAGCAUUGAAUAGUUUAAGAGUCCGUUCAUUCACAAACAAAUACGGAGACAGAAAGAAUGUCCAAAAUAUUGCCAUCUUAAUGACUGACGGAAUUUCAAACAAACCAUCCAGGACAAAAAUCGCUGCUGAAAAACUACGUGAAACUGGUGCGAUGGUGUUUGCUAUUGGUAUACGAAACUCUAAAAAAUCAGAAAUUGAAAAUAUCGCCAGCAAACCAAGUUCAGAAUUUACGUUUUCGGUUGAAGAAUUUGGAGCUUUGAAAAAUAUUGUAAACAAACUUGUUUCACGAACCUGCCUAUAUAUUCCCUGCAGCACCCAUCCAUGUAAAAACGGUGCCGCAUGUGCAAACAAAGGAACCGAUUUCCAUUGUGAAUGUCGUCCAGGAUACAGAGGAAAGGAUUGUUCUAUAGUUGAUCCAUGCAGUAGCAACCCAUGUCAGAAUGGAGCUAAAUGUACCAACAAGGGAGAUAAGUUCGAAUGUAAAUGUGUCCCAGGAUACAAAGGAGAUGAUUGUUCUACAGUUGAUCCAUGCAGUAGUAAUCCUUGUCAGAACGAAGGUAAAUGUGAAAAAAAUGGACGAGGGUUCAAAUGUAAAUGUGACCUGGGAUUUAGAGGAGACGAUUGCUCUAUAGUUGAUCCAUGCAGUAGUAAUCCUUGCCAGAACGAAGGUAAAUGUGAAAACCAUGGCUGGGAGUACGUAUGUAAUUGUCUCCCGGGAUACAGAAAAUAUGAUUGUUCCAUAGUUGAUCCAUGCAGUAGCAAUCCAUGUAAGAAUGAAGGUAACUGUACAAACAAGGGAAAAAAGUUCGAAUGUGAAUGUGUCCCAGGAUACAGAGGAGAGGAUUGUUCUAUCGUUGAUCCAUGCAGUAGUAAUCCGUGUAAGAAUGAAGGUAAAUGCACAAACAAGGGAGAUAAAUUCGACUGUGAAUGUGUCCCAGGAUAUAGAGGAGAAGACUGUUCUAUAGUUGAUCCAUGCAGUAGUAAUCCGUGUAAGAAUGGAGGCCAAUGUACAAACAAGGGAGAUAAGUUUGUAUGCGAAUGUUUCCCAGGAUACAGAGGAGAAGACUGUUCUAUAGUUGAUCCAUGCAGUAGCAAUCCAUGUAAGAAUGGAGGUCAAUGUACAAACAAAGGAGAUAAGUUCGAAUGUGAAUGUGUCCCAGGAUACAGAGGAGAAGACUGUUCUAUGGUUGAUCCAUGCAGUAGCAAUCCAUGUCAAAAUGGAGGCAAAUGUACAAAUAAGGGAGAUAAGUUCGAAUGUGAAUGUGUCCCAGGAUACAGAGGAGAGGAUUGUUCUAUAGUUGAUCCAUGCAGUAGUAAUCCGUGUAAGAAUGGAGGUAAAUGUACAAACAAGGGAGAUAAGUUCGAAUGUGAAUGUGUCCCAGGAUACAGAGGAGAAGACUGUUCUAUAGUUGAUCCAUGCAGUAGCAAUCCAUGUCAGAAUGAAGGGAAAUGCACAAACAAGGGAGAUAAGUUCGAAUGUGAAUGCGUCCCAGGAUACAGGGGAAAGGAUUGUUCUAUAGUUGAUCCAUGCAGUAGCAAUCCAUGUCAGAAUGAAGGUAAAUGUACAAACAAGGGAGAUAAGUUCGAAUGUGAAUGUGUCCCAGGAUACAGAGGAGAGGAUUGUUCAAUAGUUGAUCCAUGCAGUAGUAAUCCGUGUAAGAAUGGAGGUAAAUGUACAAACAAGGGAGAUAAGUUUGAAUGUGAAUGUGUCCCAGGAUACAGAGGAGAAGACUGUUCUAUAGUUGAUCCAUGCAGUAGUAAUCCGUGUAAGAAUGGAGGUCAAUGUACAAACAAGGGAGAUAAGUUCGAAUGUGAAUGUGUCCCAGGAUACAGAGGAGAAGACUGUUCUAUAGUUGAUCCAUGCAAUAGUAAUCCGUGUAAGAAUGGAGGUAAAUGUACAAACAAAGGAGAUAAGUUCGAAUGUGAAUGUGUCCCCGGAUACAGAGGAGAAGACUGUUCUAUAGUUGAUCCAUGCAGUAGCAAUCCGUGUAACAAUGGAGGUAAAUGUACAAACAAGGGAGAUAAGUUCGAAUGUGAAUGUGUCCCAGGAUACAGAGGAGAGGAUUGUUCUAUAGUUGAUCCAUGCAGUAGUAAUCCGUGUAAGAAUGGAGGUAAAUGUACAAACAAAGGAGAUAAGUUCGAAUGUGAAUGUGUCCCAGGAUACAGAGGAGAAGACUGUUCUAUAGUUGAUCCAUGCAGUAGUAAUCCGUGUAAGAAUGGAGGUAAAUGUACAAAAAAGGGAGAUAAGUUCGAAUGUGAAUGUGUCCCAGGAUACAGAGGAGAAGACUGUUCUAUAGUUGAUCCAUGCAGUAGCAAUCCAUGUCAGAAUGAAGGCAAAUGUACAAACAAGGGAGAUAAGUUCGAAUGUGAAUGUGUCCCAGGAUACAGAGGAGAUGAUUGUUCCAUAGUUGAUCCAUGCAGUAGCAAUCCGUGUAAGAAUGGAGGUCAAUGUACAAACAAGGGAGAUAAGUUCGAAUGUGAAUGUGUCCCAGGAUACAGAGGAGAAGACUGUUCUAUAGUUGAUCCAUGCAGUAGCAAUCCAUGUCAGAAUGAAGGCAAAUGUACAAACAAGGGAGAUAAGUUCGAAUGUGAAUGUGUCCCAGGAUACAGAGGAGAUGAUUGUUCCAUAGUUGAUCCAUGCAGUAGUAAUCCGUGUAAGAAUGGAGGUCAAUGUACAAACAAGGGAGAUAAGUUUGAAUGUGAAUGUGUCCCAGGAUACAGAGGAGAAGACUGUUCUAUAGUUGAUCCAUGCAGUAGCAAUCCAUGUCGGAACGAAGGUAAAUGUACAAACAAGGGAGAUAAGUUCGAAUGUGAAUGUGUCCCAGGAUACAGAGGAGACGAUUGUUCUAUAGUUGAUCCAUGCAGUAGCAAUCCAUGUCAGAAUGAAGGUAAAUGUACCAACAAGGGAGAUAAGUUCGAAUGUGAAUGUGUCCCAGGAUACAGAGGAGAGGAUUGUUCCAUAGUUGAUCCAUGCAGUAGUAAUCCGUGUAAGAAUGGAGGUCAAUGUACAAACAAGGGAGAUAAGUUCGAAUGUGAAUGUGUCCCAGGAUACAGAGGAGAAGACUGUUCUAUAGUUGAUCCAUGCAGUAGUAAUCCGUGUAAGAAUGGAGGUAAAUGUACCAACAAGGGAGAUAAGUUCGAAUGUGAAUGUGUCCCAGGAUACAGAGGAGAAGACUGUUCUAUAGUUGAUCCUUGCAGUAGCGAUCCGUGUCAGAAUGGUGCUACAUGCACAAACAAUGGAAAUAAGUUCGAAUGCCAAUGCCCCCCGGAAUACAAAGGAAACGACUGUUCUAUUGAGCGGCCUCCAUGCAUUUGUAGCACGUCAGGUGAUUCCAACUACAAGACAUUCGACGGUCAAAUGAUACAUUUUAUUGGUACUUGCUCAUACACAAUGACGGCAAGUAAACCGGGUUACAAUUCCACAUCAUUUGCAGUUGAAGUUCAAAGCAUAAAGAAAGACAGCAAAGGACUCUUUAACCGUAUCGUAGACGUGAAACUACCAACAAAUACAAUCCGUAUUUUACCAUUCAGUGGAAUUUUGGUCAAUUCAGUAAAGAGAUCUCUGCCAAUAAUUGACAAUAAAGAAUUUUCUGCGUAUUUUUCUGUCGGUUCCGUAACACUAACAACCGAUUGGGGUUUAAUCGUAAGAUUCGAUAGAACGCAUCAAGUUUCUGUGACUCUUCCGCCUUCAUUUACGAACAAAGUGACGGGAAUUUGUGGUGAUUGCAACGAUAAGAAAGAUGAUUACCGCACAAAGUCUGGCGAACCUCUAUCGCAUAAUCCUGAAGAUUUUGAAAGAUUAGGAGAAAGUUACAGAGUUUCUGAUAAUAAUAAUUCCGCGUGCUAUACUAAAAAGGUUAUACAAAACUGCUCAGAAUCGCAUGAAUGCGACAUAUUUAAAAGCCCUGUAUUCGAAGAAUGUGCCAAAAAACUCGGAAAAGAUCGAAUCGAUGAAAUUCAAGAAGCUUGUCAAGUGGAUACGUGCUCUUAUGCACACAAUGAAGUGAAUAAAAAGAUGUCUUUUUGUAGAGUGAUGGAAGUAUUCGCAAAAGAGUGUCGUAAUGCAGGGGCCGAAAUCGAGUGGACAACAUCAAAAUGCUCCCAAUUUUGUCCCAACAACCAAGAAUACAAAAGCAAAGUGUUAACUUGCCAACCAUCUUGUACUAAUAAAUCACCUGACUGCAGUACUUACACCGAAGGCUGUGUGUGCAAACCUGGAUUUAUUCUCAGUGGAGAAGAGUGUAUUCCCGAAUCGAAGUGCGGUUGUUUGAAGGAAAAUUUCUACAUGACUCUGGGCGAAGAGAUCUAUUCGCAUGAUUGUCUUACGAAGACUGUAUGCCACAAAGGAGGUGCAAUGGAAAGUAUACAAAUGCCUGGUUGUUCUUUAAAUAAACAUUGUGCUUUGAAAGAUGGUGAAUAUGGUUGCAUAUGCGGCAAAGACUAUACAUUGUACAAAGGAAAAUGUGAAAAGCUAGGACUGGAUAAAUUUAUUCGGGUCCAAUCAGCAUGGUUCAAUAAGGAAUCCUAUUACUCGUAUUCCACUUCACAUCCUAACUUGUGUCUUGAGACAUGUCUCCAACACGAUCGAUGUAAGUCCGCUAACUACGAUAACGAGAAAGAAAUAUGUGAACUCUUCCGAACAACUGCAGCAGAAAAACCUUUAAAUCGUACUGACUGUCCAGCAAAAGAUUACUAUCAACUUAAAGAAAGCAAAAAUAUAAUUAAGGGAGCCAGUAUUAGAGGCUGUCAUCGAUUGGUGAGCGCUACUGGUGUUGCUAACGAAGAAUGUGAAAAAGAAUGCAAAAAGAAGCGAUGCGAAGCAUUCGAAUAUUCUGAAGAAACGAAAUCCUGUAAUAUACUGCUUCCUGCGGACAAAGACGAUUUUGACCUUGUGGGUAACGAACACUGGGCCUUUUAUAAUUGAUUCUCAUUCCAGUUUACAAUCUAGUGAAUUGAAGCCGUUUGAAAAUAUUAAGAAUAAAAAAAAAUCACUUAUGAUUCAAUAAAAUGUAUUAUUUUAUUUAUAAAAGAAAACAUUAAUACAUUUCUCAACGAAUAAACUGACGUUACAGCAUUCUUGUUAAUUUAA